CCUCAACAGCUCCUGUGGCAGGCCGUGCUUCCUCAGAAGACACAGGAAGUACAUCCUCUGCUGGGCUUUUUUGAGGAUGGAGAUGAUGUUGGUCUUCCACGUCAGGUCCUGAGAGACUCGAGUUCCUGGGAAAGCCUCGACGAUUGACACAGGCCAGUUGGACAGCGUGAGGAAUAGCUGUGGCGAAGGACGCCUCCUGAAGUCCACGAUCAUCUCUACGGUCUUGAGCGUUUUCAGCUCCAGGUGUCGAUUUAUCAAAGCCAUUACUCGACUCCAAAUCACAGUCUGAAGGACCACAAUGGACUUUUUCUUUGAAGAAGAAUCAGACUCAAACCCCAACCAGAACGAAGGACGUGAUAAGGACCCACGUAUGUUACAAGUAGAAAACGCAGAGGCCAUUUUGAGCAGGGAUGAUGACGUUGAAGAGAAUUUCAGCUCAAACGACAUCAGCAGAAGAGUUCAGGAACUAGUGGAGAAGAUUCACGACCGCCGCACCAAUGACCAGAAAGAAAUUGAAAGCUUUCAGCAGAUUAUCGUGGAUAAGGUUACAGAGGUGUGCCAGCAAAUGAAGCAGGACAUGUACAAUGUCUAUGAAGAGAACAGCAGUGAGAUGCAGGUGAAGCUGCUGGAGUUGACCGAUGUGCUGGAAACGUGCACCAGGCUCCACACCGAGCUUCUGAAAGCCAGCCAUGUGCUGGCCAGCCUUCAAGAGGGCCUCACCGUCAGUUGCACAGCAGAACCCAUGUCAGAGUAGAUCAGAUUUAUGUUCACAAAGUGAUUGUUUCACUCAAGUUCUUGCUUCCGCUUUUCAGAGAUGGUGUUAUAGACUUGUAUUUCAGUCUAAGUCAUAGAGCCCACUAACAUUUUUUUGCCCCACUUUUAGUUCCCGUUUCAUUAUAAGUAUUGUGUUAGCAGAGUUCAGUGCAAAAAUUAAUGAGACCACACCAUGUAGGAUAGCAGUUUUAUUGGUGCUUUUCACAAGAACAUCUCAGCCAUCCUCAUUUUGCAUCAUUUAAAGUUGUAUUAAAACAUGACAAAAUAAAACGCAACUCUUAAUUUAUAAUGAAAACAACAUGCAACCCCCCCCCCCCCCCCAAA